AUGGAACGGCUACUCCGACGACGCAAGUGCUUGCGCUCGCAACUGGAUGGCAUCGUACAAGAAGCGGAAGGCCUCCUACGAGAACAAGAGCUGUCAUCGUCACAGGUCAGCGUUUCAAUUGACCGAAUGAACGCGAUCUACGCACAGAUAACGAAGAUAGAUGAAAGCCUAAUAGACGAGACGCCUGACGAGCUGAUUGAGGCAGAGAUUACAGACGCGAGCAAAUAUGGCGACAAGAUUGUCACAUUGACGGCAAAGCUUCGCUUUGCGAUUCUGGACAACCAGGCGUCUCAAGCUUCGCGCCCGACGACGAGUCAAGCUUCCGUCGGUUUCAGGUCGAGACUGCCGCAACUAGAGCUCCAGAAAUUUGACGGCAACCGACAAAAAUGGCAUCGAUUUUGGAUGCAGUUCUCGACGGCAGUGCACAACAACGACGACCUCAGCGCUGCCGAGAAAUUCAACUAUUUGAGCACGCUUGUCACUGGAACUGCCGCUGCAGCCAUUUCCGGACUCCAGGCAACGGGAGAGUGCUAUGAAGACGCAAUAGAUAUUCUCAAGAAACGCUUCGGGGACGAGAGGAUUAUCGUUCAGGAACAUCUUCGAAGCCUCUUAGAUCUCAGGCCAGUCUUGUCGUCUUCUAGCACCACCGAACUUCGAGACCUCUACGACGAAGUACAAGUACAUAUAAUUGGUAUCCAGAAAGUUUACUUGGUGGAGCUGAUGAAGAAACUGUGUUGGACAACAAAAUGA